UACUUUAUUGGAACAAUGGGAAGGAAUAGCGAUUUCAUAAUAUUGAUGUACACUAGUUGGAAAGCUGUGCCCCUCAAAGUCAAAAAGCGCAUAUGGAAAUAUAUUAAUUCAAAGUUCAUUCUUCCAAAAGAGGGGAAAGGGUGGGUGAUGACUGGUGUUCGAGAAGCUUGGAAAGGUUACAAAACAAGAAUCAAGGGAAAGCAUUUUGAGAGAUAUAACAACAUUGAAGAUAUGCUGAAAAAUCGCCCUUUAGAUAUUCCAGAAGUUCAAUUUCAAAAGUUAAUUGCAUAUUGGAGUAUUCCUUCUGUUAAGGUGAGUUGUAGAAUAAAUAAUUCUGUUUCUUUGUCUUUUUUUAUGCUUUUGGUUUAUUACAUAUAACUCCCUUUAAUUUUGUUGGGUAU